AUGCUUUCAGUGUUAGAAUUGGAGAUGAAGUACCAGAAAUCCUAGAUUGUGUAUUAGAUGAGAUACUUUAUAAACCUUAGUGGAAUAUUGUAUUAAAUGAAUUCAAAAAUGGAGAUGCAAGCAAUAUUUGGAAAGGAUGAAACGACAUUUUAUUUUCAUUUGAUCAAUUUGUUCAAUAAUGUGGAAAUACAACAAUAGGAUUAAACAAAAUUAAAAAAUUUAUUCGAAAAAUCUUCACUAACACAUUAAAUAUUAAUAUUUAGCUCCAAGCUUAUUUAAAUAGAUGAUUGA